AUGGCCAUUGACUCCAUAUCAAAACAGGUAAUAACAAUAUUUCGUUUAACUGGGGUUUUAAAAAUUUCGUUUCAAAAUUCAAUGUUGAGGGUGUCAGGGAACAGACCCGCAUUCUUUAUUAAACGAAGACGAAAAAUUGCAUGUGCAAAUAUAUAUGACACUUGUAGUCUAUGCGAAGUAAAUGAAACUGUACUAUUGACUUAAAGUCACUUUUAUUAAAUCUUCAUGUUAACAGUAAUCACACCCGUAUAACACAGUAACAAAGUAUCGUUUUGUAUUAUUUUUACAUUAUUCAAUUUAGUCGUAUUUUAUAAAAUGUUAAAUAAUCUUGGUUACUUUACUGUAAAGAACAAAUUAACAUAUUAUGAUUUAUAGUUCUUCCAAGAAACGAUUAACAAAGAAGAAAGGUUAUGCAACAUCAUUCUACUCAAUCUAUUUGAAUCGGAUAAAAAUAAUGAUAAACUAAGAACAAAAGACUUACUAGCUGUUAUGAAAUCUAAAAUCGAACGUUUUUUAUUGUAUCGAUUAGGUAAACCAACUGGCCUACAGGUAGACAAGCCACGACCAAUAAAAAUCAAACUACGUGAUCAAUAUGAUGUAUUAUACCUUCUGCGUUCUCAAAAACAAUUACAGCCGUCAUCAACAUGGAAAGGGAUUCGGUUGUCGUCAGAUCGCACUGUGAUGCAAUGA